AUGGCGACAACAAAUUUAAUCGGAGCGGUGCACAUUUUCUUCUCCGUCACAGCAUUUCUUGGGAAUUCUCUGAUCAUUGUUUCCCUUUACAAGGAAUCUUCCCUUCAUCCACCGUCCAAACUCUUGUAUCGUUGUUUGGCAACAACUGAUCUUUUGGUUGGUCUUGUUGCUGAGCCUCUCUGCGCUACUGUGAACGUUUUGGAUUCCUGGACUCUCGAACACCGAGGAAUUUUCCGAUACGCAAAUGAAGCGGCCGUCAUCACAAGCUUAGUAUUAUGUGGAGCGUCUUUAUUGACGAUGACGGCCAUAAGCGUAGACAGAUUGCUCGCCCUGUUGUUGGGGCUGAGAUACAAACAAAUCGUAACUUUGAAGCGGACAUAUAUCGUUGUAGCAACUCUUUGGGUUUCAACUCUUGUUGCUUCUUUGUGUGCCAUAUUUGACCACCAUAUAAUGGUUUUUAACGGCAGCAUUUUAAUCCUAAUUUGCCUUGUUAUCUCAAUCACCUCAUACACAAAAAUCUUCUGCGCUCUUAGUCAACAUCAGGCUCAAGUACAAGAUCAUUCUCAACAACAGCCGAUCCAGCCAAGUGCACUGAACAUGGUGCGGUACAGAAAGGCAGUGUAUAAUGCACUUUGGGUUCAACUGGCAUUAGUUGUUUGUUAUGCACCAUAUGGUAUAGUGGAAAUAGUGCUCAGUAAGACAUAUUCAUCGCACGUAUGGGCCUUUAGGGACAUAACAAUCGUCUUAGUCUAUUUUAACUCGACGUUGAAUCCGUUCCUUUACUGCUGGAAGAUCAGUGAAGUAAGGCAAGCAGUAAAGCAGACCAUCAGGCAAGCACUUUGCUGUCCAUGGAGUUAG